AUGUCUUCGUGUGGACUCCUCGUGAAGGGUGAGGUCCUCGGCAACUCGAACAAGCCGGCGCGCAUCUCCCUGGGGUUCCGAGUCUGCGGAUCGUACUUGUACUUCGUGUCGUACGUGCUGCUUCCCGGGCCGUCCCUGGAGGCUCUGCCGCCCUUCCAAGAGUUUUCCGGUCCCGUCGUGUUCCCUGCGGCUGCAGCAGCUGCAGCCGCAGCCGCCGGGGGGGCCGCAGCGGGCGGUGCUAAGCCAUGCAACCCCAAGGGCACCAUUCUCGAUGCCCUUCGCAGUACGCCGGACCUGUCGUACAUGCUCAGCGCCAUUGACACGCCCCGCCUUACGCUGCUGUUCAACAACGCCUCCACUGAGCUGACCUUGCUGGCUCCCAACGAUGAGGCCUGGCGUGAAGGUGCCCUUCGCAUGAACCUGGGCACGCCCGAGGACAUUCUGGGUCAGAGUUGGAACAAUCUGCGCGCACUGGUAUGGGCUCACACCAUCGCCCAGAAUCUGCCGCCAACGAAGCUCCAGUCCCAGCUGUACACCACGAUGGGUCCCAGCGCAGGCCCCGUCUCCGUCACUGUGUCGUCCGACAGCAUCACGGUGACAAACGCAAACACCGCGGACGCCCGUGUGGUAGCCAUGGGGCUGGGGGACGCCUGCACGGGCUCCCUGUACAUUCUAAACCGCAUGCUACUGCCGCAGCAACUGCCGGAACCGCUCAAGGUGCUACCGGUGCCGAGCGACAAGAAGAAGUGA